GUAAGUUGGAAAAAUAGAGAAUUUACUCUAAACAAUUGUUGAGGAAUUUGAUAAGUUUUGAGGAUAUGUGAAGAAUACUAGAAGGAUCCGUUAGAUGAACCUACCGGUCAUUGAUGAACAUAUGUAUUGUUUUGUAGUUGAUUGUGUUGGAUUGAUUGGUUGCAAUUGGAUGGUGGAAGCUAAUGGUUGGUUAUGUAAAGACUACACCCAUGUAUGUUGAGUUGGUUGGGCUUCAGGACACUACCCUUAGCUAGAAAAGAACCUAAGAUGAAUGAGAUGCUUAGAAGGAUUUGUCGGCGCAACUUCUGCACUUGUUCUCCUAGGCCGUGGCUCUUUGUUGGGUUGGGCAAUCCUGGGGAUAAAUACAGGGGAACGAGACAUAAUGUUGGUUUUGAAAUGCUUGAUGCAUUCGCAAAUUCACAAGGAAUUCAUAUGGAGACAGUACAUUGUAAAGCUAUGUUUGGAAAAGGUUUUGUGAAUGACAUUCCAGUGCUCCUUGCAAAGCCACUAACUUACAUGAAUUUGAGUGGUGAAUCUAUUGGCCCACUUGCAGCAUAUUACAAGCUCCCUCUCAAUCGUGUGGUCGUGUUUCAUGAUGACAUGGAUUUACCAUGUGGAGUUCUUCGUCUUCACCCCAAGGGAGGUCAUAACAGACAUAAUGGGUUGAAGAGUGUGAUUUAUCAUUUUCGUGGGAAUGGAGAGUUUCCUCGGUUAAGAAUAGGUAUUGGAAGACCUCCUGGUCAGAUGGAUCCCAAAGCAUUCAUGCUUCAAAAGUUUAAUGUAACUGCAAGAGAACGAAUUGAUGCUGCAUUACUGGAAGGAGCACAUGCCUUGGAGCAAGUCUUAUCCAAAGGCUUCUCCGAAAGUUCUAAUUGCUUCAAUACAACGCAGAAGUACAAGCACAUACGAUUGCAGACAUUGCCAACGUAACGUCAUGCAUAAAGGUUGAGCUAGGAUCAAACACUCACUAAAUUUGUCGGAAUGCAGCUAUGUGAACUGCAGAAAAAUUGCAGGACUGUUGAGAAUUUCAGUUUCCUGUACAAAUAUUGUAUAGCACUCCGCAUUCGACGACUGUAAGUUGGUGAAAAGAAGAAUUCCAGGAACCAAACUGGGGCUAAAUGGGGGAUGGAAGUAUAAAUUUUGCGUAAGAACCAUUUGCAUCGUCUUUCCAUAAUUGUACAUUGGCUGUGAACAUGGUAAGGUUAACUUUAUCAUCACUAGAGAAUAUGAACUUGACAACUCAAAACUUACAGGACUAUUGACAUGUAAUAAUUCAUGUAAUGUUUGUUAUUUAGUUGAUUAUUUAAUAUUGAAAAUAUUUUCUAUUUUA